AGUUAAACGAGACAAUAAAAUGCUCCCCCUUCCCCCUCUUCCGUUUCCCGCGGAAGCCCUUCCCUGUUAGCCGUUAGCCUCCUAGCUUUUUAGCCGGACGACAGGAGGAGAAGCCGGGGAAACGGAGGAGAAAAACACAGAUAAGAGGAGGAAAUGUUCCUGGCGGAGCACGGUGCAGAGAUGCGGUGACCGGGCAGUGAGCUUGCCGCCGACAACAGCCGCUUCGGGACGACCAUGCAAUCAUUCCCUGCUUGCCCCCUCGCUGUUAGUGUGUGCGCAUGAGAUCAGGGAUGGGGUUCGGUCGGGAUCUGAGGAAUUCCCACGAGGGAUUACUGAAGCUGCAGGACUGGGAGUUAAAGCUGCUGGAGACAGUGAAGCGUUUCAUGACUUUGCGAGUGAAGAGCGAUAAAGAGUACGCUGCCCUACUGCUCAGCAUGACUCAGCAGACAGAGAAGCAGGAAGCCUGCGACUACGUCAGCACCGUCAGCAAGUCAUGGUCUCAGAUGAUUCGUCAGACGGAGGUGCUGGGUCGAGUCAUGAGGAGCCACGCUGACGACCUGAACUCUGGUCCCCUGCACCGUCUGGCCACGCUGAUCCGGGACAAGCAGCAGGUGAAGAAGAGCUACCAGAGUCUUCAUCAGCAGCUGGAGAGCCACAACCACAAGGUAACCAGAAGUGACCUGGAGAAGCUGAAGGCAACGUAUCGUCAGUUGAGCCGUGACGCGAACAACGCCAAAGAGAAAUACAGAGAAGCUCUGGCUAAAGGCCGGGAGGCAGAGCGUGCCCGUGAGCGUUACGACAAAGCAACAGCAAAGCUUCACAAUCUUCAUAAUCAGUAUGUGUUGGCUGUGUGUGGCGCUCGGACGCAGCAGGACGAACAUCAACGCUGUGCUGCACCUGCUCUGCUUGAUGCCUUGCAGAGGAUGCAGGAGGACAUGACGCUUGCACUUAAAAGUAUUCUGGAGGAGUACUGUGAGAUCAGCAGUCUUCUGACGGAGGAGAUAGUGAAAGUCCAUCAGGAGAUUUCAGCAGCUGUUCAGCAGAUUGAUCCACUGGCUGAGUACCAGCACUUCAUCGACGCUUACAGGUCUCCUGAGACUCUGGAGGCGAUUGUGGAGUUCGACACAUCCCUAUUGGACGAGACAGACAACCUGCCAGCCAAUGAGAUCCUGUGGAACACACUGACGGCCGACAGCCUGCAGGCCAUGUUGUCAUCUGCGAUGGAGGAGCUGGUGCUGACUCAGCAGGAUUUGCUUACAAAGGAGGCGUUGGCCGAUGACCUCGACACUAAAAUCCAGACGAGUGAGCAGAACGCAGAGAGGAAGAGCGACUGCGUCCUGCUGCUUAGUCAGAAACUCUCUCUCCUUGAGCUGCGUCACACCGUCCAAUUGCUGCGUGGUUCUGAGGCCCGCCUCGCCUCCCAGAAGGCCCUGCUGGACGCCAAGAUGGCCUCUGCCGCCACCUCCUCUCCCUCAACGCCGCCCCCCCUUGCACUGCCACGCACGCUCUGUGGGAUCCACCGUAAAUAUUUAGAGAAGAGUUCUCGGUUCGACACUCUGCGACACUCUCUGGCCGGUAUGAUUCGAUCCCAUAAAGGCAUGCUGGGCCCCUCCACCUCGCAAUUCUUCGAUGUCAUCCCGACGUCGGAGCGCCCCCUGGCAGAGCAGGAGUGGUAUCAUGGUGCCAUCCCCCGCACUGAGGCUCAGGAGUUAUUACGGCAACAGGGAGACUUCCUGGUGAGGGAGAGUCACGGUAAACCGGGCGAGUACGUCCUGUCGGUGUUUUCUGAUGAACAGAGACGACACUUCAUCAUCCAGUAUGCUGAUAGUCAGUACCGUUUUGAAGGGACGGGUUUCGCCACCAUCCCGCAGCUCAUCGAGCACCAUUUCUCCACCAAACAGGUCAUCACUAAGAAGUCUGGAGUCGUGCUGCUCAACCCCGUCAUCAAGGAUAAGAAGUGGAUCCUGAACCAUGAGGACGUGGUCCUCGGAGAGCUGCUGGGAAAGGGUAACUUUGGGGAGGUGUUUAAAGGGACGCUGCAGCGUGACAAAAUGCUGGUAGCUGUCAAAACAUGUAAAGAAGAUUUACCUCCAGAGCUGAAGGUCCGCUUCCUGUCUGAGGCCAGGAUCCUGAAGCAGUACGACCACCCAAACAUUGUGAAGCUAAUCGGUGUCUGUACGCAGCGACAGCCGAUCUACAUUGUCAUGGAGCUGGUUUCUGGUGGAGACUUCCUGUCCUUUCUGAGGAAGAAGAAGGAUGAGUUAAAGAUGAAGCAGCUCGUUCGCUUUGCAGCGGAUGCUGCUGCUGGCAUGGCAUACUUGGAGAAUAAAAACUGUAUCCACAGGGACCUGGCAGCGAGGAACUGUCUGGUUGGCGAGGGCAAUGUGUUGAAGAUCAGUGACUUCGGGAUGAGUCGUCAGGAGGAUGAUGGUGUUUAUUCUUCAUCUGGACUCAAACAGAUUCCUAUCAAAUGGACUGCACCAGAGGCCCUGAACUACGGGCGUUACAGCUCAGAGAGUGAUGUGUGGAGCUACGGGAUCCUACUGUGGGAAACAUUUAGUCUUGGGAUGUGUCCUUAUCCGGGGAUGACGAAUCAGCAGGCCCGAGAGCAGGUGGAGAAAGGUUACAGGAUGGCGUGUCCUCAGCGUUGCCCUGAUGACAUGUACAAAGUGAUGCAGCGCUGCUGGCAGUACAACCCCGAGGAUCGACCAAAGUUCUCAGAGCUGCAGCAGGAGCUCGUUGCGGUCAAAAAGAAGUGAUGACAUCAUCACAGUCUAGUCAACAUCAAGAAGAGGUGAUGACAUCAUCACACACCUAACCAAAGAAGUUUUUUUUUUGUUUGUUUUUUGUGAGGUGGGUGUGGUCAGCGGGUGAAGGCAGUGCAGUCAUGGACUCGUUCAGAAACACGAUGUAAAAAAGGUGCUAGAAGUUUGUUAAAAACACUAAAAGAUGACCAGAAAUGUGCUGCCAUAAAACCUGAUUUCUCGUCUCUUACACGUUUUUGUAACCUGAGCACAAACUGAGCAUGUCCGUUAUUCUUUCAUUAAACACUACUGUUAGGUGGAAAUGCUGUGCAGGUGUGAGCACGGUUGUAGCUACAAACACAUGAAAAUCAGGAUUAAAGUCUUUGUAAUAAAAACUGGACUGCGAGAACCUGUUGUUCAAACAGUAAGUUUUAAAAUGCAAUGGCAAUAAUGAAGCCGUGUACCAGCUGAUAGCGUAGCAUGAAGGUAGCAAGGUUUUUGCUCUGAAGACACUGACAUGAUGUUAAAAUAUGUAGAAGUUAUGUUCAGAUGUGGUUGGGUUACACUGAAUCCUGCACAAGUACUGAUGACUGUUAGCAUGGUUUAAAUACCAGAUGCUAAUUUCCAAUUAAACCACAAAAAAUGAUUUUAAAAGAGCAGCACAGUGCAGUAUGUAAGUUUCGAGACUCUCCUUUAACAUCAUCUUGACAAAUCUCAUAUCAGAUUGUUUCUCGCGUUUUAAUAAUUGGCGAUGACCCGGUAACAUGGUUAGAUAUGUAACUCAGCCAGUGACCGCUCUUGUUUCAGACUAAGCCAAUCAAUCAAGAGUUAGUGUGAUCUUAGCUUCAAGUUCAACAGAAAAAUGUCCAAAAUCAGCUAAAACUCACUUGCUGUUAAAAGCCUCAUACAUUUUGCUACAACUUUAUAUUUCUAUUUAUUGUGAAAAGGGUGAGUUCCCAACAUGUUCAGAACACCAACAAAGGUUCUUUGACUUGGUAAAACAUUGGUAAAAUUUAUCACAAAAUAAGCUUAAAAAAUGUGAAGAUGACACCAAGGUGCUGCAGUUGUGAUGAAAAGGUGACAUUGAGACAUUAAGCCAUGCCCCCACCUGUCAUUACAGUAAAUAUGGAAACAGACACUAAUAAUAAUUCUGCUAAGUCCACUCAGAUGUUAGCACUAACUCAUCUUUUGUUUUUGAUUUUCUUUUUGUUUCUCAAAGUUUCCUGACAUCAGAAAAAUGCAAAUUUAGACCUGAAACCUUUAUUCAGAAAAAUCACUAUCACACAGACCACGCUCACCUCAUUUUAUUAGUUUGAGUGAUUCCAAGAAAUGUUUCUGACCAAUCAGCGAUUUGUAUGUUGCCAGGUAAAAAAGUAAAACGUAUGUUGAAAUAGAGCAACCUGGAGAGAAAGAGGAAAUAAUUUAGCUUCAAUUUUUUUUCUCCAAAGUUUUAUCAAUAUGCAUAUUACUUUUUCUUCUUUUUUUUUUUUUAAGUAAAACAUUGAAAAUGAUUCCAAAACAUUUUUUUCUUAGGAAUAAAAUCAGAAUUUACUGGGCAUUUUCUAAUCCUCUUGUUAAUUUAAAUCAUGCAGAAUCACUUGAAAAUUUUUAAAACUGUGUUAAAUUGAUCAAGGGUCUUGAUUGGUCAGUAUCACUUCCUGGGUGGUGAGAGGGUGGAGCCUAAAUUUUAUGUCAGAGCUACUGACUGUUGCUGUAAAUAAAGUAAAGAUGUUUGUGUUUUCUUUUUGUUAAAACGUCUGAGUUUUUACAGUUGCUUCUGAACACUAAUCUUAUGUUUGUCUUUUAUAUUCUUUACGCUUUUUAUAAAAAUAUUAUUGUAGCCUUUAUUAGGAAAAUAAAACAGAUCAUAUGAACACAGCUGACGUGUGACAUCGUUUCAAUGUUUUUGUGUGGCAAAAACAAGAUAUGAAUCCAUUUACACACUUAAUUUUAUGACAUUUUGUAAAAAUAUUCUUGAUGGAAUACUCCGCCCCCCAAAUAAAACUUUUUAACAAAAGGCCUUGUGCUCUCCAUGCAACACUUCCAGUCAAUCCAGGAAGCCUUAAUGUGCCUUGAAAAUGAGCAGUGACAGAGAAAAAGAAGGUGCUCUUCAGGUGCACUCAGGUGGAGUAGCCUGUCCAUAUGUCCCAUUCUUGUGAGCAUGAUAUCUCAGGAACAGCUUGAGGAAAGUGUCCACCUGGACUUCAGGAUGAACUGAUUAGAUUUUGGUGAUCAGUGUUAGAAAUU